AUUGCGAGCGAAGGAAAGAGAACUGGCCGUGAAUCAAGUUCGGCCCCUUAUGACGGGGAGACGGAGAGCAUAAAGCAAUGCCGGAGGUCACGGUCGAAAAAUAUAUGAGAAUCGAGUAAAAUCAAUAAAUAAGAACCACAAAAGAAGGGCGCACCUCCAAGCCAUGACAGCGAGUGAAAAACGCCGUGAGCGUCUAUAUAGUGAUGGCGUGACGGUGAUAAGGGAGCCAGAUAUCUUUUCCGCCGAUUGACUACGCCGUGGAGCUGCGCACGCGAUUCGUGUGGUGGUAAAAGCUUGAAGCACGGAUCCCUUGUUCGCCACAACUGUGCCACCAUAGCUUCGAUGCGGAAGAAACGCCGUCCCUGCUUCAGCCUGGCUUCCAGCGAAGACAGUGGCGUCGCGCCGGGUUUGGGCUCGAUGCACCAAUGCUCCAGCACCGCCGUGGUGCCCGUGGUCGCCGAGCAGCGGCUCACGGCGGCCAAGCCUAUUCACAGCGACGAGUCACUGGCCGUGUUGUUCGCCCUCAUCGAGAGCAACCCUUGCCUCUGGAAGAACGACUCGAGGAGCUUCAAAAACCUGCGACUCAAGCGCUGCCUUUGGGAACGCUUCGCCGUUCACCUCCAGAAGCUUUUUCCCAUGCUGGGACCGUUCACUGCUGACAACCUGCGGUACGUGUACAGCAUCAAGCGGCGCCAGUACUAUGACGAACUGAAGGACAAGACUGGGCGGACCAAGUCCGGAGAACUCGAAUACACGGGUCGGUGGAAGUUCUUCGACUGCUUGAGCUUUUUACGGGUCCACUCGGAGCCCUUCCGGCCUGCGGUCACCAGUCCGCUACUUCACUUCGAAAAAGACCAAAUGCUUGAGCAGGAGGAAGGGAGCGACGAUGUGCUGUUGGACGACGGUGAACCGAGCGUAGUGGAACCGGAUGAAUCUAGCAUCCUGCCCGACAGCAUCCUCGAACCUUCCGAAGUCGUUGUCAACGACGACCCGGCAGCGAACGUCUGCGUCGUGUACUCAAAUGACCUCAGCUCGCAAGCUUCAUCUCCCCGGCCCACCAAGAAGGCGCGCCUCUCUGCCCUAAGCCUCGGCGUUCAAUCGCUUGUCCCGGUAGACACGUGCAGCAGCAGCAGCGGCAGCAUUGCCAUUCCUCAAGUCGAGAGCGUGCAGCCACCAACCACUGCCGCCGGCGGCUAUUACGACGAGUGCGACCAGUUCGGCAAUAUAAUUGCUAACUACAUGCGUCGCCUGUCGGAUGAGGACCGGCUAGAAUUCCACUGCCACAUCAUGAGCUGCACAAAGGACUUCUUCAAGUGCUUCACCCGUUUGAACAACAAACGGCGCCCGUGAUUACCAGCUAACAAGAGAACUGGCGCAUCGCAAAAGUGAUGUCUGCUUCAAGCUGCACGUCGCAAGUUUCCACGUUUAUGACCUCUCCAGGUCGGCUUAUUUUUCUGGCGCUGCCAUAUAAUCUAAACAGCCUUCGCUCCUGUACCUUCUGUUGCCUGUUCAGACUUGCACAAGGUGUAGUGUUAAUAAAUAUAUUGGUACAAUUCCAUC